UCGCGGCGGGGCGGGGCCUCGCUGAGCGACAACGGCCGACCGGCGCCCGCUUCUUACUGGCGUCGUUGGAACGUUACUGAGGGCGCUCGGCACAGGCGGUACCUCAUCACCGCACAGCCCGGUCGCAGAGCUCCUGCCGCGGGGGGCGACAGCAAGACCCCCUUGCCGUGCGCCGCAUCACCUCACCGAGCGUUUGGCCCGUCUCCCACCGCCGCCAAGCCUCGUUUUUCUCCACCGCAUCCUCUGGCGAGGGCGGCACCCGGUUAGUCUUUGCAACUUUAACACUCUUUGGGGCUUUUAGCAUGCGCUGCCGCGGAGGAACCUCGCCCACCCUCCUCGCCGGGGAGCGGCUCCUCCCGCCCCCCGCCGGCAGCGACCGCCCUCGCCGCGCCGUGUCCUGGCGGCAGCACCCAAUGGGGCUGCGGCCACGUUGUUUCCAAACACGGCGACUCCCACUCGCGGCACGCUCCCAGCCUCCCGGCCGCGGGAGGAGAGCCUGCCGCAGGCCAAAGGGAGUGCUGCCAGGGCCCGGAGCCAGCAAGGCUGCCAGGCCCCAGGGCGGCCAGCCUGGCUGGGCUCCAGCGCAGGGCGGGGGCCAAACCAGUCAGCCUGUUUCCCGGAGCCCCCCGGGCAGCCCUGCAAGGACGCAGCCGCACCUCACGGCGCCCGCGCCCGGGCACCCGGGCCUGCCGCAGCCGCCGCGGUGCCCCCUCAGCGCGGCGGCCGUUAGCCCCACCGAGCACUUCAGCAACGGCCCCUGGACCUGCUCCCCGCACAGCUACCAAGGCAGGAGAAGCGAGCCGGCCGGGUCAGCCCGCUCCGCUCCGCUGCCCGGGGCCGGGCUGGCCGCGGGCCCCCCCUCCCGCCGGGCCGCGGCGAGCUGCGGGGCUGAAGGCGCGCCCGGCCCUGGCCGACAUAACGCCAGCGCCGCCGCGGGCCGAGAGGGGCGAGUGCGCCGCCGCUCCCAUGAUGCCGUGCGGCGCACGCGGCCGUUCAAAUCCCAGCUGGCCGUUCUACGUUGGCCGGGAAAUGGCGGCUCCUGGCGUUGCGGUGGCGCCUGUUCUCGCCCGAGCGGCCUCUUCGGCGUCCCCGCUUCUCAUAGCUGAGGCGUUACCGGCCCUAGAUCGUGGUGACGAGAUGAGGACCCGGCAGAGCAGCCCUCCGGUCGCCUACCCCUCGGUAUCCGUGGUGUUCCCGGGCGCUGUGAGCCGGGAGAGCUGCUGCCGCUUCGCCUGCGAACUGCUCAAGCACGUCCUGUACCAGCGGCACCAGCUCCCGCUGCCCUACGAGCAGCUCGCCCACUUCUGCUGGCGGGCGGCGCAGGGUGGAGAAGUGAUGAAGAAGCCACCCUCCAUGGACCUGGCAAGCAAGAAGUGCCAGCAGGUGCUGGUAGAACUGGAGGAAAUGUUCCAGCACUUGGAAAUAAUGUUUAGUUUGACAGUGGUUCCUCGGGUUCUUAUUCUGCUUGGAGGCAAUGUCAUGAGCCCCAAGGAGCUCUAUGAGCUCAACUUUGAGGGUAUCUGUGAGGGCAGCGCUGAGGAGAGCCUCAAAACUGGAUCCUGUGUUCGCAAGCUCUUUCACUCACUCUUUGUUGCAGAUGUCUUCAGUGAGCUGAAGGCUCUCCCUGUCAUGGGCACUGUUGUUAUGCUCCAGGGACACCGUGAUUGUGGUGUUGAUUGGUUCCGGCCCAAGCUCAACUAUAAAGUGCCAACCCGAGGGAGGAAACUAACUGUUAACCUGUCCUGUGAUGGAGACGUCAACGUAAAUGCCUCGGCUCCUCAGCAUGUGACUUCUGCUUGGGAGGACUAUGUCUGGUUUCAAGCACCAGUGGCGCUGAAAGGCUUUCAUGAAUGACCUACACUCUGUAGAACUUUAAUGGAAUAUUGAAUAAAAUUUGGUGUUGCUUUAAGUGAUAACUUUAUCAAAUAUAACCGUG